AUGGCUGAGAAGCUGGGACCAGCAGGGCUCAAGCCCACCAACGCCCGGAACAGUCCCUCGCUGCCCCCAGAGCCCAUCGACAUCAUCCGCACCAAAGCCCGCUCGCGCAGAGUCCGCCUCAACGUCGGGGGUCUCAACCACGAGGUGCUGUGGCGGACCCUAGACCGGCUCCCCAGGACCCGGCUCGGCAAGCUCCGGGACUGCAACACCCACGAGUCCCUGAUGGAGGUCUGCGACGACUACAGCCUAAACGAGAACGAGUACUUCUUCGACCGGCACCCGGGGGCGUUCACGUCCAUUCUGAACUUUUACCGCACGGGCAAGCUGCACAUGAUGGAGGAGAUGUGCGCCCUCUCCUUCGGCCAGGAGUUGGACUACUGGGGCAUAGACGAGAUCUACCUGGAGUCCUGCUGCCAGGCCCGCUACCACCAGAAGAAGGAGCAGAUGAACGAGGAGCUGCGGCGGGAGGCGGAGACGAUGAGGGAGCGGGAGGGCGAGGGAGAGUUUGAUAACACCUGCUGCCCGGACAAGAGGAAGAAGCUGUGGGAUCUCCUGGAGAAGCCCGGCUCCUCGGUGGCUGCCAAGAUUCUGGCCAUCAUAUCGAUCCUCUUCAUCAUCCUCUCCACCAUCGCCCUGUCCCUCAACACCUUACCAGAGCUCCAGGUGUCAGACGAGUUCGGCCACGCCAACGACAACCCCCAGCUGGCCCACGUGGAAGCCGUGUGCAUCGCCUGGUUCACCAUGGAGUACCUCCUCCGCUUCCUCUCCUCGCCUAAUAAAUGGAAGUUCUUCAAAGGCCCACUGAAUGUCAUUGACUUGCUGGCCAUCCUGCCCUACUAUGUCACCAUCUUCCUAACGGAGUCCAAUAAGAGCGUGCUGCAGUUCCAGAACGUGCGGCGCGUGGUGCAGAUAUUCAGGAUCAUGAGAAUAUUGAGGAUCCUGAAGUUAGCCAGGCACUCCACAGGGCUCCAGUCUCUAGGGUUCACUCUGAGAAGGAGCUACAAUGAACUUGGCCUUCUUAUUCUAUUUCUCGCCAUGGGCAUCAUGAUAUUCUCCAGCUUGGUGUUCUUUGCUGAGAAAGACGAGGAUGCCACUAAAUUCACCAGUAUCCCUGCCUCGUUCUGGUGGGCAACUAUUACAAUGACCACAGUGGGCUACGGGGACAUUUACCCACAGACUUUGCUUGGUAAGAUUGUGGGUGGGCUCUGCUGCAUUGCAGGAGUGCUGGUUAUUGCCCUCCCCAUCCCCAUUAUUGUCAACAACUUCUCUGAGUUCUACAAGGAGCAGAAGAGGCAGGAGAAGGCCAUCAAGAGGAGGGAGGCACUGGAGCGAGCCAAGAGGAAUGGCAGCAUUGUGUCGAUGAACCUAAAAGAUGCCUUUGCCCGCAGCAUGGAACUGAUGGAUGUGGUGGUAGAGAAAGGAGAGGAUAAAACCUCCCUUGACAACCACCUGUCACCGAGCCGCUUGGGCAGCUCCACCAUGCACGCCACCUCAGAAAUCAACCUGAAGUCAAACCCAGAGUCUCAGAAUUCCCCUCAACGUAUAACCAUCACCACCACUGGAAGUCCGCAGCGGACCAGCAGGACCCCACAGCACCUUAAUGUCCAGAAACUGGAGGAGAUGUACAACCAGAUGACCAAGUCACAGUCCUUAACUAACCUCAACACCACAAGCUCCAUGAGCACACUGAGCACAACUAUGACCGCCCCCGUCUCACCGAAGAAAUCUCAAAGCCCAGAACUUACGUUGAAGGAGGAGGUGGAGCUGGAGAUGAAGGAAGUCCCGCCCUCCUCACCAAGUAAGUUUCCUAGUGGCCCGGAAGGCCUUGAAAAAGAGGACUUCACCUCAGAUGAGGAAGAUCAUGGGCCGUAUCAAAUGAGACACCCCAGAGCGCCACCACAUCUGGAUCUUAGCUUCCUGAGGGCCAGCAAUGACGAGAGCUCUCCUGGCUUCAUAUGCAAUGACGACCUCCAUUUAGAAGGAGUGGAGAGUUUUAACAGUGCUGUGGAGAAUAUCCGGAGCCCUUCAAGAGGGAAUAAUCCUCUUAAAAUGAAGGGGUUGAAAGUCAACUCUACCAAAACCUCUGCCGAAGGCCCACUGACACCGCCCAGCACCACUUCUCCUGGAGACAUCAGCUCCAGCAUCCUGGAAGAGUCGCCGGACGGAGAGACGUCACCGCUCAUCCCCUGCUCGGAGGAGCUGCUCCCCAUCACAGAAGAGGAGGACGACCCCAUGUCCCCGAAGAGGCUGGUGGUCGACACCCCACCGGGCGACGAAGAUCCGUCCACGGAGAACCACGAGGAGAAGCAUCUGAUGGAGGUGGCGGGUGCCGCCGUUGGGCCCUUGUCGCCCAAGAAAGCAGCACAAAAUUGCACCCAAGGUGUGGUCGGGGCAGGCGAGGAGGUCAAGGCUGACAGCAACCAAAGUGGACACAAAGUAGAGAACCACAUGUUUACAUCCGAUAUCCACCUGAUACCCGGGGAUGGCGGCCUUUCUCCGACCUGCGAAACCAGCAUGUGA